AUGACGGAACAGAUGGAUAAAAUAAAUACUUCUCCAUAUGCCAUAACAUCUUUACUUACAACCCAUGCAGGAUAUCUACCAUUUCACCCAUUGUGUCUUCCUCCAGUUAUGGAUAACGUUAUGUUCAGACCUCAACCUUUUUCAUAUUGCUGCGAUGCAUCAUCAGUGACAUCUUCUGUAAGCCCAAAAUCGCAAUCAGACUCUGAUAACCAAGACACACCUGCAAGACCGUUUAAAAUGUACUCCAACGAUCCAAGAUCCAUGUCCAUGAUUCUUCCAACAGAAACGAUACUAACAAAAAACUCUGAGGAUGCGUACGCAGAAUUUCGGGAGAAAAUACUGCAGAAAAACAAAACCACCAACUCAAACAAAAAUAUAAAAAGAUCCCCAUCUAGUAGCGUAAGUGAUCCACAUUAUCUCGAAAAAAGGAAAAGGAACAACGAAGCUGCAAAAAAAUCAAGAGACGCGAGGAAAGCCAAGGAAGACGAGAUCGCUAUUAGAUGUGCUUUUUUAGAGAAAGAAAAUCUUCAUUUAAAAAUUAAAAUUGCCACACUUGAAAAUGAAAGAGACAGGCUACACAGUAUGGUGUACAGAUAG